AUUGGAUUUUCGGGCGCGGCGCCUCCCGGCGGCUCCCCCCACCGUCGCGCGAUUUCUGACGGAUUCUCGGCCCCCGGAGCCGCGGGAUCGCCCCCAAUCGGAUGGCGCAGAGCAAUUGGGAAGCGGAUAAGAUGCUCGAUGUGUAUAUCUACGACUACUUGCUCAAGCGGAACCUGCAGACGACCGCCAAGGCGUUCAUGGCGGAGGGGAAGGUCGCCGCUGACCCAGUUGCAAUUGAUGCUCCUGGGGGGUUUCUCUUUGAGUGGUGGUCUGUCUUUUGGGAUAUAUUUAUUGCAAGGACAAAUGAGAAGCAUUCUGAGGUUGCAGCUGCUUACCUAGAGGCACAACAAAUAAAAGCAAGAGAGCACCAGCAGCAGAUGCAGAUGCAACAAUUGCAACUUAUCCAACAAAGGCAUGCUCAAAUGCAGCGAACCAAUUCAGGCCAUCCUUCGCUUAAUGGCCCAAUAAAUGGCCUAAACUCUGAUGGCAUUCUGGGAUCGACAGCAAGUGUUUUGGCUGCCAAGAUGUACGAAGAGCGCUUGAAGCACCCUCAUUCCAUGGAUUCCGAGGGAUCGCAGCUUAUCGAUGCUAGUAGGAUGGCUCUUCUUAAGUCGGCAGCAACAAACCAUACAGGGCAAUUAGUUCCUGGAACUGCAGGAAAUGUAUCUACUACACUGCAACAGAUUCAGGCUCGGAAUCAGCAAUCAAUUGAUAUUAAGAGUGAAGCUAACAUGGGUGUAGCCCAAAGAUCUAUGCCCAUGGAUCCAUCGUCCUUAUAUGGACAGGGAAUAAUGCAGCAAAAACCUGGAUUAGGUGGUGCAGGACUGAACCAAGGAGUGAGUGGUCUACCUUUGAAGGGCUGGCCAUUAACUGGAAUAGACCAACUUCGACCAAAUUUAGGUGCUCAAAUGCAGAAGCCAUUUCUUUCAACACAGUCACAGUUUCAACUUAUGUCGCCGCAACAACAGCAGCAACUCUUAGCACAGGCUCAAGUACAAGGGAGCCUUGGUAACUCAAGUCAUUAUGGAGAUAUGGACCCCCGUAGAUUUACAACACUAGCCAGGGGGGUUGGCAUGAAUGGUAAAGACGGACAACCUGUUGGGACUGAUGGAUGCAUUAGUUCCCCAAUGCAAUCCAGUUCACCAAAAAUUAGACCAGACCAAGAAUAUCUCAUGAAGAUGCAGCAAACAUCUUCUCAGCAACCACAGGAACAACUUCAGCAACAGCAGCAGCAGAACCAGCAACAGCAGCAGCAGCAAAAUCAACAGCAGCAAAUGCAACAGAACAAUAGAAAAAGAAAGCAAACUACAUCGUCAGGCCCAGCAAAUAGUACUGGAACAGGAAAUACGGUUGGCCCUUCUGCCAACUCUCCGCCGUCAACUCCAUCCACACAUACACCUGAAGGACUUGGAAUGGCUGGCAAUAUGCGGCAUGUUCCAAAAAAUUUAAUGAUGUAUGGCGCAGAUGGAGCUGGACUUGCAUCCUCGUCAAAUCAAAUGGAUGAUCUUGAACCUUUUGGUGAUGUUGGCUCAUUAGAUGAUAAUGUCGAAUCUUUCUUGUCCAAUGAUGAUGGAGAUGCCAGGGAUAUUUUUGCCGCACUUAAAGGAGGCCCCACAGAGCCUAACCCAGCAGCUUCGAAAGGUUUUACCUUUAGUGAGGUUAAUUGUUGGCGAACAAGCAACAGCAAGAUAGUAUGCUGCAACUUUUCGUAUGACGGGAAGAUCUUGGCUAGUGCUGGACACGAAAAGAAGGCUGUACUUUGGAACAUGGACACUUUCCAGACACACUAUUUACCAGAAGAGCACACUGGCAUUAUCACUGAUGUCCGUUUCAGACCUAUCUCCAUGCAGAUGGCAACAUCAUCUUUUGACAGAACAAUUAAACUAUGGAACGCUGCAGACCCUGGAUACUCUCAGCAUACAUUUACUGGGCAUAAUGGUCAUGUCACAUCGCUAGAUUUUCAUCCAAAGAAGACAGACCUUUUGUGCUCUUGUGAUGGCAAUGGUGAAAUUCGAUACUGGAACGUGACUCAGCUUGCCUGUGUGCGUGUUAUAAAGGGUGGUACUGCUCAAGUUCGUUUUCAACCUAACACCGGACAGUUUCUCGCAGCUGCUUCUGAAAAUGUUGUUUCUAUAUUUGAUGUUGACACACAUACCAAAAAGUACAUCCUGCAGGGCCAUAACACAGACGUUCAGUCAGUGUGCUGGGACAACACCGGGGAGUACCUUGCUUCUGUUAGCCAGGAUCUAGUAAAGGUUUGGUCAAUAUCAUCAGGAGAGUGCAUUCAUGAGGUCAGCUCAAAUGGAAAUAAGUUCCAUUCUUGUGUGUUCCACCCAAGUUAUACCAAUCUCUUGGUGAUUGGAGGCUACCAGUCUAUGGAGCUAUGGAACAUGGUAAAGAACCAAAGCAUGACGGUACAGGCUCAUGAAGGUCUUAUUGCGGCGUUGGCACAAUCACCAGUAACUGGAAUGGUGGCUUCUGCGAGCCACGACAAUUCUGUCAAGUUGUGGAAGUAGCAAUAAUAAGAAAAUGCACCUAGAUAGUUUCUUUUUCUUCUCCAGAUAAUUGACAUUUCUUCAGCCGUGUCAUAGAAUGAGUUGAGUUCGGCGAUGUUAUGCGUUAUCGAUUGUGUUGUACUCCCAAGGCGAAUAAGGAAGUGUAGCUGGUUCCCCUUGCGGUUGAGCUGUUUAGUGAUGGUUGCGGUGAGUUUGAGGAAGAAACUGUAUUUUCUCUCGAUAGGUGUGUGUAGCCCAAAAAAGGACAUAGAAGAAAAGGCCUAAAGCUGCCUCCCGUGUUCCAUCUUGUUAGUUCUUAUGAGAUGUAAAAUGUAACAUUUGGGUGCUUAACUGGAACUCACUGCAAUUGGCGUUUGACAGUUGUGAAAUCGCUGAGCCUUGCGAGCGACCUAUAAAGUAAGUUCUGAA